GCGGCGAGCAUCUUCGCCAGCAGUCUGCAACAUCAUCCACACCCCUCAACCAUGGCGACGCCAAGAAGCUCCAUCUCGACAAGAUCUACAUAUGAGCGAGCGAGCAGGCAACCCCCAACGCCGCCUCCAUUGGAAGCCAGGAACGCUCCCCUGUCCUCCAUCAUCCAGCCUGAUGACGGACCGCUCUUCACUCGUAUCUUCGGACUCGCAUCCAUAGCCGUUGCCAUCUUCAGGUUAUGGACCCAGGACGCUCAACCCUCGACUCGCGCCGUCACUGUUUUGCUCCUCCUCGGGGGCUUCUGGUUGGUCCUUGUCCGAAAGAAUGCAGAAGCGCCGAUCGACUGGAGCAAGGAGAUCGUCCUGAUCACUGGAGGCGGCAGCGGCCUCGGCGCGGUGCUCGCACAGAAGAUCAUCAACGAUCCCAAACGGCAAGGGGUAAAGGUCGUUGUCCUGACGAACGUUCCACCAGAGCGUUUCGACUCUAGAAUAGCGACCUACAACUGCGACGUGUCGAGCAAGGCCGAUGUUGAGCUCGUCGCUGACAUUGUACGGUUCGAGGUCGGCGCCCCUACCAUCCUCAUCAACAACGCUGGCGUUGUCAAUGGCAAGCUGAUCCUCGAUCUCACCGAGGACGACGUGCGGAGGUCGUUCGAUGUCAACGCGCUGGCGCAUUACUGGACGAUACAGGCCUUCCUCCCUGACAUGCUGGACAAACGGCAUGGACAUAUUGUCAACGUCGCUAGCGUCCUUGGUCUCUGCGGCUUUGCCCAGUGUGCUGACUACUGCGCCUCCAAGGCGGCCGUCAUCUCUUUGCACGCCAGUCUGCGCAGCGAGCUGGAUCUCCACUACACCACGCCCGAGAUCCGCACCACGACCGUCUGUCCCGGCCACAUCCAGACAGCCAUGUUCAGCAGAAUCUACGUCCCGGACCGGUUGUUGCUAAAGCCUCUGACGCUGUCGCUUUCCCCCGAAGCUGUCGCGGAUGCGAUUAGCGACUCUCUAAAUGGCUCGCGCCGCGACUCGAUCCUCCGCCUGCCGUUCUACACACACUCGGCUCGGCUCCUGGGUCCCGGGCCAUCACUGGUCCCAGCGCCGCUCCGUCGAGCCAUUGAAUGGUUCACUGCUGCCAACUUUGCCAUGUUCAAUUUUGGCCCAAAGCCCAGCUAUGCGGACCGCCUCCGGGCCUGGAGAACCGAGACCCGAGCGCGUCGCGGUUUUGUCGACCCUUUUGCCCACACAUCUCGCACAUGAGCAACCCAU